ACCCAUCAUUCUCUGAAAGACUGAAACAAUGCACUUGUCCCCUUUUCUUACAAAAAACACAGCCAUAUUCACUUGUCAACGGAGUGAUGGACCCUUUUAAGUCCGACAGUUGCAUAGCUCGGCCACCAUGGCAAUCGACAUCGCAACCUUAAAAGACAGGUACAUUGUUUCCUGUAGGAAGCUCUGUGUUUCACCUAAUGCUGCAAUUCUCUCUGCCCUCUUCAAGGCUGAGGUUAAAAGGUCUCAUAAUGAGCUCUGUAGCCUGGAGAUUUCAUUGGACCUCCUUAAGGACGCGGAGUUCCCACCACUUCUUGAUUUAUGUAUGGAACUUGAUGCUUCUGAGGUUGAAGCAGUUGACAUAUGCAACGAAACAUUGCAUGUUUUGAAUGGAAAAUAUGCUCUGUUGUUGAUGCGUGCUAUCAGUCAAAAGCUCUGAGUUGUUGAUCUCCAAGACUGGGCAUUUGGAAAGGAUUUUUUGAGGAAUCUUUCACAGAGAGGUUUGACCUGCCAAGUUUUAAACUUGCGAUCUUCACAUUUUCGGAAGCUCAAUAUGCUGGGAGACUUUUUGCAGAUACACACACUUAACCUUGACUUUAGCACUUCACUCACUAAUUUUCAGGAAGAUUGUUUUUCUUGCAUGCCCAAUCUAAUGUGCCUUUCUCUUUGUGGGACCAGAAUAUUAAAUCUCUGGACAACCACUGCUGCACUUUCUAAACUCCCUUCUUUGGUUGAACAGUUUCAGCACUGGUCCUGCUGCAACGAUAUCGGGCCUUAUUCUGCAUCAUCUAAUGGGAAAUCCCAUCACAAAACAGCAUCAUCCAUUAAUAUUGGAGAACUAACAGACCAGUACUCAAGCACAGAAGAAGUACUCAGGAAUAUGUUUUUGCUUAAUAAUGUGGUUUUAAAUGAUGAUGAAAGCAGAGCUGAGGAUUCUGAUGAUAGUGAACUAGACUUUUCAAGUCCCCUGCACGAACAUGGUUCUGUUGAGCGUUUUUCAAAUGUUUUUUCAGGGGGGAACAAACAGUUUACUCAACAGAAUGAGGAUUCUCUUGAUAAUUUUCAGAAUCAAAAUGAGGCAGAGCCCUCUACUGGUCCCUUCACAAAGUAUAUUGGAGAUAAUCCAGUGAAAUAUAUUUCUUAUCAUGCUUCACCAAUUUGUUUUGAGAAAUACUAUAGAGAGUACAUGGUAGCCUCAUUACCUCGUUUGAGAAAUUUAGAUAAUUUGCCGAUUGGAAAGAUUGAUCAGGAAACUGCAAGGAUGACAUUUUCAAAAUACUUUGAGCAUGUACCAUACCAAAGAAUGCAUAAAGAAAAUGUCGUUAGUGUGUUACAAAAGCGUGAAAUAAAAUCAUGUCAAAAUCCUGUACCAAGUCCUCGGAGAAAAGGACCGAAUAUCUAUGGAAUGUCUCAAUGUUUCUAUUCCAGGUCUCUUUCUGCUGCCAAAAUGGGAUCUUGUGCUUGGCCAUUCUUGCACCCACUUUCUGUUUUAGGUUCUGACUUGGGAGGUGAUAGUAGGAGCUUUCGUCCUAGGCAAUUUGAGUACCAUCCAUCCAACUCUAGCCUUAUGGUAUUUGGAACAUUAGAUGGUGAAAUAGUUGUAGUCAACCAUGAGAAUGGAAAAAUUGUCAGUUAUAUCCCAUCACUAGGAGCAAUGAAUAGUGUGUUGGGACUCUGUUGGCUCAAGAAGUAUCCCUCUAAGCUAAUAGCUGGUUCAGAUAAUGGCUCAUUGAAAUUGUACAACAUCCAUCAUAUGCGAACAGAAACAGGGAUAUAUAGUGGUGCUGGGUCCGUCUCCUUUGAUGAGUUUGACCAGUUGACAUCUGUUCAUGUUAAUUCUACGGAUGACUUAUUUCUUGCAAGUGGGUACUCGAGAGACGUUGCCUUAUAUGACAUUAGUAGUGGAAAACGGUUACAUGUGUUUACUGAUAUGCAUUGGGAGCAUAUUAAUGUAAUAAAGUUUGCAAACCAUUCCCCAGCUGUUUUUGCGACUUCUUCAUUUGAUCACGAUGUCAAGAUAUGGGACCUAAGACAGAAACCAAUAAGCCCUUGCUAUUCUUCUUCAAGCUCGAGGGGUAAUGCUAUGGUAUGCUUUUCGCCUGAUGAUCACUAUCUUCUUGUCUCAGCUGUUGACAAUGAGGUGAGGCAACUUCUCGCUGUUGAUGGGAGGCUACACUUGAAUUUUGGCAUAGCCUCUACAGGCAGUAGUCAGAAUUACACUCAAUCCUAUUACAUGAAUAGUAGAGAUUAUAUUAUCAGUGGGAGUUGUGAUGAACAUGUUGUCCGCAUAUGCUGUGCUCAAACAGGGAGGCGCCUUAAGGAUAUAUCGUUGGAGGGAGGAGGAAGAUCCAGGAGUUCUAUGUUUGUGCAAUCUUUGAGGGGUGAUCCUGUCAGAGAGUUCAACUUCAGUAUCUUGGCAGCCCAGAUGCGUCCAAGGUCCAAGUCUGAAAUUAUUAAGGUCAAUCUUCUAGCAUCUAGUGAUUAUGCCAAGGAACACUUUGAUGAGCAGCAGGGUUGCCCAACCAAAAGUAUGGGAGGUUGAUAUAUGUACCUAAUUUGUGAAAUAUGUAUACAUGUAUGUAGGUGUGUGACUACGAAUGUCUACAAUCCUCGUCUUAGCCAAGAAACAUGCAAAAUAGAAUACAUAGGUCACUAGCAGUUAAAUACUGAUGAGAACGCUAUUAGUUCUGGUUGUGUAUACUGAAAAAACUGUUCGUAACAUUGUUGUAUCAGUCAAUGAAAAUCUUUCAAGAAAGCUCGAGUCUGACUCAUCUGCAUCAGCCAAGUUCUGGACCUCCCUGGAAUUGAGAUUCAUAAUGAGUUAAUGAAAUCGAUAGUAAC